AAACGGAAUCGUUCCCCCCAGUUUGCUACAACCCCCUGAGCAUGAAAAACGCGGAGAUGAAAUGCUACAGCGACCAGGGGCUGGUCCUUCACUUGCCAGACGACCCAAACAACCCAGACCACAUCAAGCAGACGUCAGUAGCCAACGCCUUGACCUCCACACCCGAGGUCGUCUGCAAAAACCGUGCUGCUUACGACGCUGCUAUUCACUGUUCCCUGGCGCUGUCGCAGUCGUGCACGCCGAAAGCUUAUCAGUCCCUUUUGCCGGAUGAGAACAACCUGAAGAUGGUGCAGAACAUCAUGUGCAACAAUCUUAAUUCUCUGAACCACAUGUGCACUGUGAACAACACACACGACCUCGUGGACUGCGGCAUCAAAAAGUACGGCACCAUGACCGUCGCUGACGCUAUGGACCCCUACAAGUCCACUUGCACAGCCUACCAGCACGCAGAGGAAUGUCUUGAGGAAGAGAUCCAAGAGUGUGGCCAGGCCAACCUUGACCUUCAGAAGCAGUUCAACCAAUUGUCGGCGCCUGUUGCCUGCCAGGGGGCAGGGACUGCCAUAGGGAAAUGAGCUCAAAGUCCACUUCAAACGUCUGAGCAAAUUAUGUUUUAGUACCGAUAAUCGAAAUCAUUGCUGAAGGUUGGCCCAGACUCUACCGAUUAAAGUUCUCAAAUAAUUUA